AUGCUCUCCGCUCGCAACCCUCUCUCCGCUCGCAAUGAGCAGCAGCCUCAGUCCCGGCUUUCGCCGCUGAAGAAUUUGGCCUUGACCGAGAAGGAGAACACGCCCCCAUCGCUCGGCGCUACCCGGAUCCUUGCCCACAAGACGGCGCGGAAGAUCUUCCAGGACCCAGCGACAGUUGAGGCGGAUGCAUCAAAAGAACCAAAGCAGCUUUCUCCAAAUAUACAAGAUGAACCUCUUCUUCGGGACAAUCCCCACCGCUUCGUCAUUUUUCCAAUUCAGUACCAUGACAUCUGGCAAAUGUACAAGAAAGCAGAAGCAUCCUUUUGGACCGCUGAAGAGGUUGAUCUCUCCAAAGAUCUUCAGCAUUGGGAAUCCUUAAAGCCUGAAGAGAAGUAUUUCAUUUCACACGUCUUGGCAUUCUUUGCUGCAAGUGAUGGCAUUGUCAAUGAAAAUUUGGUGGAGCGCUUCAGCCAAGAAGUACAGAUCACAGAAGCUCGCUGUUUCUAUGGCUUCCAGAUUGCCAUGGAAAACAUCCACUCAGAAAUGUAUAGUUUACUUAUUGAUACUUAUAUCAAAGACUCCAAAGAUAGAGAAUUUCUAUUCAAUGCCAUUGAAACCCUGCCAUGUGUGAAAAAGAAGGCUGACUGGGCCAUGCGCUGGAUUGGGGACAAACAAGCUGCUUAUGGAGAACGAGUUGUAGCCUUCGCUGCAGUGGAAGGGAUCUUCUUUUCCGGUUCCUUCGCAUCUAUAUUUUGGCUAAAGAAACGAGGCUUAAUGCCCGGACUUACGUUUUCCAAUGAAUUGAUCAGUAGAGAUGAGGGCUUGCACUGUGAUUUUGCUUGUCUAAUGUUCAAGCACUUGGUACACAAACCUUCAGAGGAAAGAGUGAGAGAGAUCAUCAUUAAUGCUGUCAGGAUAGAACAGGAAUUCUUGACGGAAGCAUUGCCUGUAAACCUAAUUGGCAUGAAUUGCACUUUAAUGAAGCAGUAUAUUGAAUUCGUAGCAGACAGACUGAUACUGGAACUAGGUUUUAACAAGAUAUUCCGAGCUGAGAAUCCAUUUGACUUCAUGGAGAAUAUCUCACUGGAGGGCAAAACCAACUUCUUUGAAAAGCGUGUAGGAGAAUAUCAGAGGAUGGGAGUGAUGUCAAAACCCACCGAUAACUCUUUCACCUUGGAUGCAGAUUUCUAAGUGAAGCAGGACUGUUCUCAGCUGGCUUGAAAUGGCUAGUAGUUUCUCCCAUUGUCCUCCAAAAUUUUUGUUCUUAUACUGUGUGUGGUGGUAUUUUAGGAACAUUUGUGUAGCUAAGACAGGGGAAAAAUAGUUUCCAACACUGCUAAAUGCAUUUUUAUAGCAUGUGAGCUACUCAAGUUUUCAGAUAUACCAAUGCUUGAAGUGGCAUGUUCUGUUAUCUGGUAAUAGGUCACCAGUAGUUUGUCCACAGCAAAGCAAGUAGUAUGGGAUACUCUGUAGCAGCCUUGUCUGACCUGGUGCCCUCCAGAUGUUUUGGACUAAAACAGCCAUCAUCUCUUGCUAUUGGCUGUGUGGGCUGGGGCUAGUGGGAAUUGUAGUCUAAAACAUUUAGAGGGAGACAGAUUGGGUAAGACUGCUCUGUAGAAAACUACAGAACUUCAUGCCCCUGUAAGGGCUACAGAAGCUACAUAUAGCCACGUUGCCCAUUAACAAGUUCUUAGUCUUUUUAUUUACUAUUUUAAUAGUUUGUAUAUAAACAUGGCACUUUAAUAAAGGUCUGGAAAAAGGCUGGUAACAUGUGAGUUUAGAAUAAACUCUUUUAGACUGCAUUACUUCUUAAUUUCUCUAUUAUGCUUUAUUUUAUCUGCAUGUAAAUUAAAAUGCUGAAGUGCUGAAACACAAUCUUUGAUGUGUAUGACUUCUGAUAAAGUAAAUGAACAGACUUUGUGUAGA